AUGGUGAGCAGUCCCGAAAGAACUGAGAACUCUCACCCUCCCUCAGAGGAGUCGGAGACCAAAAAGAACUCUUUUCAAGACCAGGCAUCGCAACAAUCAAACAGCCCCGGCGCGCCCAGUCCAGAGCAUGACACCAAAGACGUAGAGCAGCCUUCCCUACCAAAUCAAGAGGAGCCUGCCCUCCCAGCCGAGGACGCUCCCCCUCUCCCUGACGAGCCUCCCCCAUUGCCAAGCGAAGCGCCGCCAUCCGAGGCCACUGAUGAUGGCUGGCAGCCAAUGUGGGAUGAGCAUGCGCAGGCAUACUACUUCUACAAUCGCUUCACCAAUGUCUCUCAAUGGGAGAAUCCCAGAGUGCCGGAGGCAACACAGCAAGCACACGAUCCAACUGCUACGCUACCAGCAAACGGGGGCUACAACCCGGCCAUCCACGGCGAUUACGAUCCCAACGCAGAUUAUGCCCAACCUACUAUAACCGAGCACACUGCGACAGUAGAUGGUGCACCAGGGACAGAGCCCACCGACGCAUACGCUGCGACCGGUGCAUUCAACCGAUUCACGGGCAAAUGGCAAAAUGCCGAUUUUACUCCAGACCGCUUUAGCGACGCUGCCAAAAGUGGGCGCCAGAUGUCCGCCUUCUUCGACGUCGAUGCCGCGGCCAAUACCCAUGACGGCAGGAGUCUGAAAGCUGAGAGAGCCAACAAAAAGAUCAGCAAGAAAGAGCUCCAGGCCUUUAAGGACAAGCGGCGAGAGAAGAAGGAGGAGAAGCGUCGCGCGUGGCUGCGGGAUUGA